AAUAUCAACAUCUUCAAAAUUACUAAAAAAAGGAUUUAAAACAUAAAUAGAAAAUUAAGUGACCGAGUCGUAUUCUUCUUCACUCUCUCCCUUCUCUUACCGGAGCAAAAAAAAUUCAAGCCAAUGUCCGGCGAUAACCAGAUCCGAUUCGGACUCUUAACCUGCACAAACAUAGUCCGCAAACUCUCUCGAGCCAUAAACCUCUCUCCAAACGCUACCAUCUCCGCCAUAGCCACCACAAGCUCCAUCGAAGAAGCAAAAUCAUUUACUAAAUCCAACAAUUUCCCUCCGAAUACAAAGAUUCACAUCUCCUACGAAUCACUUCUAGAAGAUCCCGACGUUGACGCCGUCUAUUUCCCUAUCCCCACUCGCCUCCACCUCGAGUGGGCUACACGCGCCGCUCGUAAGGGUAAGCAUAUACUCCUUGAUAAGCCAGUUGCUUUAAACGUAUCUGAGUUUGAUCAGAUCGUUGAAGCUUGUGAGGUUAAUGGUGUUCAAUUUAUGGAUGGAACUCAGUGGAUGCAUAAUCCUAGAACGUAUAAGAUUAAGGAAUUUGUCAACGAUUUUGAGAGUUUUGGUCAGAUUAAAUCUGUACAUAGUUGUUUCUCAUUUGCAGCGAAUGAUGAUUUUUUAAAACAUGAUAUUCGUGUAAAGCCUGGUCUUGAUGGGCUUGGAGCUCUCGGUGAUGCUGGAUGGUAUACGAUCCAAGCGAUUCUUCUUGCCAACGACUUUAAACUUCCGAAGACCGUUACUGCUUUACCCGGUUGUGUGUUAAACGAUGCGGGAAUCGUUCUUUCUUGUGGUGCGUUGUUUGAUUGGGAAGAAGGGAUAAGUGCAACGAUGUACUGUUCUUUCUUGGGGAAUUUAACGAUGGAGAUAACUGCGAUUGGUACGAAAGGUACUCUUCGUGUUCAUGAUUUUGUUAUACCAUAUCGGGAAACCGAGGCUGCGUUUACUACGAGUGCUAGAGGUUGUGUUAGUGAGCAUAAAGUUAUGACUGAGCUUCCACAAGAGGCGUGUAUGGUUAUAGAGUUUGCUCGGUUGGUUGGAGAAAUCAAAAACAGAGGAGCUAAACCAGAUGGGUUUUGGUUGAGCAUUAGCCGGAAGACGCAGCUGCUUGUUGAUGCCGUGAAAGAGUCGAUUGAUAGUAACCUUGAACCGGUUUUUCUCUCCGGCCGGUGAAAAAAGAGCUUAGAUCAGCUUUGUGGUAUCAAUGCUUUUAAUAGAUGAAUGGAAAUUAUGGAAUUAUAUAUCAUAAUUCUACUGAUUCUUUGUUACUUACGUUAUUAGAUUUAUAUUUGGCCUUCCAAAAUGUUAACUCUAUCAAUUCUCUU